CGCGUAAUGUCAGCCAAGGGUCCAGGCUCGGAGCCUACACUGGGGAUGGACCCCGUCGAGGACACACUGCGGCGGCUGCGGGAGGCCUUCAACGCGGGGCGGACGAGGCCGGCCGAGUUCCGGGUUGAGCAGCUGAAGGGCCUGAGCCGUUUCCUGCAGGACAACAGGCAGCUGCUGAAGGACGCACUGGCCCAGGACCUGCACAAGUCGGCCUUCGAAUCAGAAAUCUCCGAGCUCUUGCUGUGCCAGAACGAGGUGGACCUGGCCCUCAAGAGCCUGCAGGCCUGGAUGAAAGACGAACCCGCGGGCAACAACUUGAUUACACAGCUGGACUCGACCUUCAUCCGGAAAGAGCCCUAUGGCCUGGUGCUCAUCAUUGCCCCCUGGAACUACCCCGUGAACCUCAUUCUGGUGCCCUUGGUGGGGGCCAUCGCGGCAGGGAACUGUGUGGUGCUGAAACCAUCAGAAAUAAGCAAGAGCACAGAGAAAGUGCUAGUCACACUGCUGCCACAAUACCUGGACAAGAGCUGCUUUGCUGUGGUGCUGGGUGGGCCCCAAGAGACUGGACAGCUGCUGAAACACAAAUUUGACUAUAUCUUCUUCACAGGAAGCCCUCAUGUAGGCAAGAUCGUCAUGACCGCAGCCACCAAGCACCUCACACCUGUCACCCUGGAGCUGGGCGGCAAGAACCCAUGCUAUGUGGAUGACAACUGUGACCCCCAGACUGUGGCCAACCGUGUGGCCUUCUUCCGCUAUUUCAACACCGGCCAGACCUGCGUGGCCCCCGAUUACAUCCUGUGCAGCCCUGAGAUGCAGGAGCGGCUGCUGCCCGCCCUGCAGAGCGCCAUCACCCGUUUCUAUGGAGACGACCCCCAGAGCUCCCCCAACCUGGGCCGCAUCAUCAACCAGAAACAUUUCAAGCGACUCCAGGGACUGCUGGGCUGUGGCCGCGUGGCCAUAGGUGGCCAGAGCGAUGAGAGCGACCGCUACAUCGCGCCCACGGUGCUGGUGGACGUGCAGGAGACGGAACCAGUGAUGCAGGAGGAGAUUUUCGGGCCCAUCCUGCCCCUGGUGACCGUGAGGAGCCUGGACGAGGCCAUUGACUUCAUCAACCGGCGGGAGAAGCCGCUGGCCCUGUACGCCUUCUCCAACUGCAGCCAGGUAGUGAACCAGGUGCUGGAGCGCACCAGCAGCGGCACCUUUGCAGGCAACGAAGGCUUCAUCUACCUGACUUUACCAUCCCUGCCACUGGGGGGAGUUG